AGAUCAUGUGUAUGUAAAUAAAUGGAUUUUGCAGGUAUAAGGCAUCACAAAAUCUUAAACGUUAAGGGAAAACUCUGGAAUUUUCCAUGGAGCGGUUUGAACAGGAUUUAGUUGAGGCUCUGAGAGAUGUUGUGAAAGCCGGAAGUUGGCAAUGUGUUGGAGAAGCAGCUAAGUUCAAGUCACAAUGCACCAAGUUGUACUCUGAUGAUGGAGAGCAUAUUGUUGUUGUGCGGACAGAAGACGGACGGUUUUGGGCGAUGGAUUCAUCCUGCCCACAUGAAGGGGGUCCACUUGACCAAGGAGACAUUGAAGACCUUGGAGAUGGCAAACUAGCACUAAUAUGCCCAUGGCACUAUUUUGAUUUUAGCCUGGAGACAGGUUCAUCCUCCACAGGACUGCAGAAUCAAGUCUAUGAUGUCAGAGUAGUGGAUGGAAAACUGUAUAUAAAUACACAAAGUAGCUUGUCUCUCUAUCCAGUCCCUGUGACGAAGAAGGCAAAUCAAGAUGCCUUGUUACCCAUUGGAACAAAGUUAGAGUCAUCAGAAAAUACACUCUGCUUCUGGGCCACAAAAAUCCUCUGCACUCCAGACCCACUAGAAAAGGUAGCUUUGACGAAGCAAGUGCAGAGCUGGUGGGACGCUGGGGAAAUAACAGAGCUUGGUGAAUGUGCACCACCGGCUCAGCCGAGCAGAAUAGAUAAUCUGACUGUGGUGGAGCCGGGCAAAAUCAAACGUGGCAAAGGAGGCACACAGGCAAGCAGAAUUGCUUUGCUUCAUUCUCUGGCUAACAUAGAGCAGUGGGCUAUUGACCUCUCGUGGGAUAUCAUCGCUCGAUUCUCUACAGUCAAGCUGAGCUCCGGAGAGACUCUGCCACGAGAGUUCUUCAGCGACUUUGUCAAAGUAGCCAGCGAUGAAGCCAAGCAUUAUGAAUUAUUAGAGCAAAGGAUCAAGGAGCUCGGCAGCUCUUUUGGUGCUCUUCCAGUACAUAACGGUUUGUGGCAGUCAGCAGCAGAAACGUCACAUGAUCUUCUGGCUAGGCUGGCUAUCGUACACAUGGUCCAUGAGGCUAGGGGCUUAGACGUGCAUCCUCAGACACUGUCCCGCUUUGCAGUGCAAGGAGACGCAAGCUCCGUAAAAAUCCUGGAGGUGAUUUAUGCUGAUGAGAUAACACAUGUGGCUGCAGGACUCCGAUGGUUCACUUACAUUUGCUCCAAGGAGGAACGGGAUUGCCUGGCAACAUUCCACGACUUGGUUAAAUUGCAUUUCAAAGGGUAUUUGAAGCCUCCGUUCAACAUCGAGGGAAGGAAGACAGCAGGGAUGACAGAGGAGUGGUAUGUUCCACUUGUUAAACCCUCCAGCUGAUUGAAGAUCUCCUGCAACGUUUCAGCUGCUGCUCUUACACCAGUAUACACUCAGUCUGCCAGUAUCGAUGUCACCAUGACAGAAAACGCAUGAUUUACCUGUUUUUAGCUCCUAUUUGCUGCUGUGAAAUGGUUAUUUACACAGAAAAAAGUAUUGCUUCUAUGUACAAUUAGUUUUAUUAUCUGAAAUUUUAAUGCAGUGCUAAUUAGUCAUUUGUCAUAGCGCAAUCAUUUCUUGAAAGGAAAUCUAAUGCACUUCUUGGUCAUCCAAGAACAAAUAAAAAGGAAUAUGUUAUGGGGUCCAAAAGUUUAAGACCAUGAGUGAAAAUGCUUCUAUUUUGCAUUCUUUUGGCAUGCACAGUUUUUUACAUUGCAAGUUAGAUUAUUAGCAACAAUUUAAGUGACGCGUUGAAUCAAUAUCCAGAUACGUUUCAGUAUUUCUCAGUAUUUGGUAUGUCCUUAUUUCCUUUAAUGAUGGCAUGGACUCCACAAGUUUGUCUAAUUAACAGUUAUUCCACGAAAUUGAGUUGUACAUGAGCUGAUGGCCGAUGAGGUGCAUAACACGGAGUUGCCUAUAAGCCAUGUACGACGAGAUUGAGUGGAAUAACGGUUUUAUUCUAUCCACAUUCAUUGGAUUUUGAGAAACGGAACCUUUUUUUUUUAUUUUUUGUAAAUUCGGCAAAUAAAAGCUUUUAUACAAAACGUCCGACAAAAUAAUUUCUGCUUAGAAUGUGAACAAACUGGCAAAAUAACAGUAGGAAUUUGUGAAAAAUGCAAUAAUAAUUCUUGAAAAAUAAAAAAUAGGGACAUUGUCAUACUUUUAUUCCAUAUUUUGAUGCUUUUGUAUUUUUUGGGGUUUUGUUUUUGAGUAGAGUUUUUAUUUUGUCCUCGGUUGCUUCAGCAAAACACUGCCAUUUUUGUUUUUCUCUAAUCAUGGUAUAUGAGCUGAUAUCCUCGUAGUAGAGUAGCCAAUCAGAGUGCGUGAUUACUCAUAUCCAGUGAAUGUAGAUAGAAUAAAACCUGAUGAUCCAUGUUAGAUCAGAACCAUCAGUGUUGUCUGAACACAUGCUUUAAUGGAAGGAAUAAGACUCCAGAAAAAUCUGACCUUUUAAUUUUAUUUACACAGUGCUAUCCUGAAUAUUCAAGAUGUUAAACAGUAUCCUUUCUUUGUUUCUCAGAAUUCAAAAUCUGUUUUUUCAUCUCAUUAUCUGUAGCCGCUUUAUCCUGUUCUACAGGGUCGCAGGCAAGCUGGAGCCUAUCCCAGCUGACUAUGGGCGAAAGGCGGUGUACACCCUGGACAAGUCGCCAGGUCAUCACAGGGCUGACACAUAGACACAGACAACCAUUCACACUCACAUUCACACCUACGGUCAAUUUAGAGUCACCAGUUAACCUAACCUGCAUGUCUUUGGACUGUGGGGGAAACCGGAGCACCCGGAGGAAACCCACGUGGACACGGGGAGAACAUGCAAACUCCACACAGAAAGGCCCUCGCCGGCCACGGGGCUCGAACCCGGACCUUCUUGCUGUGAGGCGACAGCGCUAACCACUACACCACUGGGCCAACCACAAAAUUUUUCUUGUAUUUUAAUUUAUAAAAAUAACUUCACGUCUUAAAGUAAUGAUGGAUGUCAUUUCUCUUUACUUAGUUGAGCGGUUCUUGACAUAAUAUGGAUUACUACAGUUGUGGAUGGAAUAUAGUUAUUUACUGUAAACACAUUAAGAAGGCAAGAAAUUAAUCCACUAAUUAACUUUCGACGAGGCACCUGUUAAUUGAAAAACAUUCCAGGUGACUACCUCAUGAAGCUGGUUAAGAUAAUGCUAAUAGUGUCAAAGCGUCAUCAAGGUAAACACUGGCUACUCUGAAGAAUCUAAAACAUGAAAUGUUUUUUGGGGGGGUUAACAGUUUGUUUGUUUGUUUGUUUGUUUGUUUGUUUACCACAUAAUUCCAUAUCUGUUCCAGAUGUUAUUUUAUAGUUUUGAUGUCUUCAGUAUUGUUCUACAGUGUUAAAAAUACAAAAUACAUGGGGGGGGACAAUGAAUGAGUAGGGGUGUCCAAACUUUUUACUAGUACUGUAUACUGUAUAGAUACAUUUUUGCAUUUGUUAUGCAAGGUGCCAUAUUUAAUAUUGUCCAAUAAAUACUAUACACUCAAUUUUUCAUGUAUGUCCUU